AUGCAUGGAGUGAGAGAAACACAGAAGAUAGACCAGAAAACUGACAUGCACAGAGAGAUUGAAAUGAGAAUGAUUCUCGUUACACCUUACAAGGAGGAUAAUUUUCCAGAAUCCAGGGAAGUGGCCUUGUAUCUUUUAAAUGUUUUUGUCAGUGUGUCCCACUAA